CAUAUGCUUUACAUUCACGCACAGACUUAUAACAAUGGCGGAAAAUCGUGAGGAGGAGGGGCUCUUGUUACUGAGGAAACUAGAAUCAAAACAAGUGUCAUCAGUUUUACAUACACUUGUUGAUGGAGUGUGCCAUCGCUGUCAGCCGUCCUACCAGGAUUACAGUAAGGUGUGGAGUCUGCAGCAGUGGUGGAGUGUGGUGGACAUGUACCAGUCUCUCAUCAAGGCAGCAGUCAGGGAAUCCUUCACCAAAGAUAGGAUAUAUCAGGAAUUAGGAGCCUUAUCAGAGGAUUUAAAACAGACUGUUGUGGACGUCGUCAACUCUCGCAGAGAUGAAAUCCAGAAUCAACUUAUGGCAGAGACUCAUAACAUCUCUCAAGCUGUCCUCAGUGAUUUUGAUUGGAAAGUUAAGCUCAUCAUGUCCAGUGACAAGAUCUCGUCAGUCCAGGAACCAGUUGUCUCCCUUGACCUGGAUAUUGGGUCUGGACAAGACAAUACGAUACAUUCCAUAGAACUUAAUAAAGAAGAGCUUGACAAGCUAAUCUCGAGUCUGGAAGGUGCUAAUAAGGUGGUUCAGCAAUUGAAGGCCUAGCAUUCUGGAAUAAUUCCUUCUUUACACAGCAGAAUUAUCAUCAAAUUAUACAGUUCAAACCUGUCUACAAUGGAAUAAUGCUAGUGUUACUGUACCUGAAUACAGCUGUGUAAUCUUUUUUUGCUUAAUGGAUCCAAAUUACCAUGUAAUAGUUACAUAAUCCAAAUGACAUAUUAAAAUGUAUUCAUUUGUAUGACGUGUGAGUCAGUAGAUAAUUACAAUGUAUAUAUUGUGUGAAUUGUUGACCAAAUCAUUGAUUUAUGUAUUUCUCAAGGUAUGUGCAAUUUCUGUCAAGAUUAAGGAAUGGCUAAGGCAACAGACUUCUCGUAUAAAUGGUGUUGCUUGAGUUUACAUCUCAUCAAUUAACAUCUUUAUAGAAUGAUUAUAUAGGUACUAGCCAUAUAUUAAAAUGAAUGGUGAACCAGAAGAAUGAUAUACACUGUAAUGGAUUGUUUUUUUUUCAACAUUUAUUGAAAUUGAAUCUAUUACAACAAAUAUCUCCGAGAGUUUCUUGCAUUACUUUUUAAUCUCCUCCACCAAUAGUUGGCAGUGCUUGUGUCAACUGGAAAUGUACCGGUAUGUUAGCAAGGAUAUUUUCAUGUCUGACAAUUUGUGGUUAUAUAUUAAAAAAAAACAACGAAUGAUUAACAGAGUUCAAAAUAAUUAAUUAUGUUAGCUUCAACUCUAAAACGUUUGGUGCUGAUUUUUCUUUUUUUUUUCCCCAGUAAAAAAGUACGCAUGCAAAUUACUUUGAUUUUCAUGGUAUCUAUCUGAGAAAGGGGUUGGCAAUGAAAAUACAAUUUGUGUUUUAUUAUUCUGUUUUAAUACCGAUAAUAAUAUAGUUAAGACGUUUCCAGAAAUAGCUGUAGGGGAGGGGUGUGAGGCACAGAAACCCCACCAUCCAUCAAAUGUUAAAAGUUAUUUAUCAUCAGGAAUGGUUGGCAGACCUGAAUUUAAACCCAACACCCAUAAUAUAAUUAUGCAGGUGCAUCUCACCUCCCCCAUAUAAAUAAUUAUGGAAUAACCCUUGGCAUUAAAAGCAAAAAAAA